CUCCAAAACGCCGCGACCGGCGCGCACGCAGCCCAAACACCUCGCACGCAGCUCAGGGACAUCGCACGACUCCCACAAGCACACAUGCCACAACCACCGGCAUGAUGCGAGGGCUGCCCCUGCUCAUAACCCUGGCCGGCGCCCAGGACACGGCCUUCGUCUUCGUCGGCCACGCGCGCACGUUCGCCGAGCCCGCCGUCCAUUCAACGAUAAAGGCGAACCUCAUCGAUCCAAUUGGAGGAGACGUGUUCUGGUACCUCUCGGAAAAGCCAGGUUGGGACGCGGCGACGGAGAGCGUCCUGCGCGACCUCUUCCAGCCCGUGGCCGUCGCGGUCGUCACCAGUAGUGAGGAGGGGGAAUGGCACGACGAAGCGUCGACGCGGUGGCACGGGAACUGCAGCCAGCCGCCGCUCCCGGACUUAGACGGACUCGGCGUACCACCAACCUUCAAAUUUUAUAAAGAUCCAGCUCGAGCCGUAGAUGUUGCGAGAAAUGUCUAUGCGAAGUGGUCCAGAGCUUGGGAGAUGGUGUUGCGGGAAGAAGCACAAAGAGGUAAAGAGUAUGAGUGGGUCGCGCGGUGUAGGUUUGAUGCGGCCUGGUACGCUCCGUUACAACUCCCUACAGAGAUUGGUGUCGUCUACGCGCCUAUCCAGACCUGGAAUGCGGUGAACGACCAGUUCGCGUUUUGUGAGAGAUCAGUAGCACAACAGUACUUUUCGGCUUCCCGCAUUUUGGACACUUGUGGACAUGAUAAUCUACCGCGGUGGUAUUCUACCAUAGAGCACGGCAUGGCCCCGACCUGUCUGAAUGAACACACGUGCUCGCCCGGAAGUGUCCGAGGAGAUCCCGUCGUCUGGCAGCCGGAGACGUUUCUGUGGAGGCAUCUUGUAUUGGAGAAUGUUACUUUGAGAAGAAGAACAAUACCAGCCGUCAUCUCGCGCGACGACGGGUUGUCGCGGUGCACGGAGCUCAUGCCUUAUGUCUUACUGACGACUCUAUUGGAUAUCGUCGCGCUCGAGUUCGGGGCUUCAUCAUCACAAAAGAGGACGCCGCGCGUGCUGAAGACGGCCCACGUGGCCGCGUGUGCCUCUAGAGUGCCAAUGACGAUAGACGUCUUCUCUUCUCCUUCAUCUAACGAAGAACGGUCGCGACGGGAGCGCCUGUCCGCGCUUGUCACAACUGAUAAUAUCCGAGAAGAAUUGACCUUCCUCCUAGAAAGAUUCAACAGGUUAAGAGAAGCCGACCCGGACGGUGUGGUGGUUGCGCAGAUCAACGGGAACACGCAUGCCGUCCCGACGAGCGCCGACGAGGCCGUGGCCAUGUCCGCGACGCACGCCCGCUUCGCUGUGUUAGGUGCGGAAGCCGCCGCGACAUACGCGUCAAUUAUCUGCGACUAUCUCCAGAGGUGGCCGCGCGCGCGCGCCGUGGCUCAUGUGGAGGGCCUUGCCCUCGAUGUGAACUGCGCCGCGGCGCCGAGCCAUCUACAAACGACGGAGGCGGCGCUCCACGCCAUGCUCGACGACCUGCGCCUCACGAACCCGACCUACAGCACCGUCUCCGCCGACGUUUUGGGAUGGCAGGUCUGGGCCGUGUCCCACGCCUCGACGUUUCGGCGGCUGCCGGAGACGCCGUUCUCUUCGACGUUCCGUGGCUCCGGGCGCGGCGAUGGCGUACCGGUGGGGUAGAACCGCC